UAUGUUUCACUGUUUCAGACUCACAUAGCGAAAAAGUUGCGUAUUUUUUUGUGUGGGAGGGAAUGGACGCGAUUGGAUUUGGGAAUGGAUUUUGCGGGUUCUGGAAGUGGGACCCGAAACCGGAUACUCGACGGCGUCGGAUUCGUUCGAAUUCGGGUUCACCUGGUUCCGCCGUCGGAGGUGGUUAUCAGUUUCCGCUGAAGCAGGCGUUAACCGCAGCCUCGCUUACACUUACUGGUGACACAAUUGCUCAGCUCAGUAACCGGUGGAACAAAGCUAAAGAGAGUGGUGAAAAUGCCUCUCAGGAUGUAUUGUCGAAGCUUCUUUCAGAACACGAUUUGCUACGUGCUCUGCGAAUGACUUCCUAUGGAUUCCUUUUCUAUGGUCCUGGUUCUUUUGCCUGGUACCAGUUGCUUGACCAUUGUCUCCCCAAACCAAAUGUCCAGAACCUAAUGUUAAAGGUUUUACUAAACCAGGUUGUAUUGGGUCCAUGUGUCAUUGCCGUUAUCUUUGCAUGGAACAAUUUAUGGCAACAAAAGCUCUCAGAGCUUCCGGAAAAAUACAAAAGAGAUGCUCUUCCAACUUUACUUUAUGGUUUUAGGUUCUGGAUCCCUGUCAGUGUAUUAAAUUUCUGGGUGGUGCCUCUUCCAGCUAGAGUGGGUUUCAUGUCCAUGGGCUCAAUAUUUUGGAAUUUUUACCUAUCAUCAACUAUGAACAAGUAAAAUGCAUGCAGACUCUACAAGUAAUUUGCAUUGUUUGAAAUUCUUACAAUGAGAUUAAUUAACAUUCGUGUUCCCUGCAAAAGAUUUUACACUCUGAAAGCUGUGGACAUCGAAGUACAGCUCUGUUCUAUAAACAAUUGUGAAAUCAAACUCUUUCAUAUAAUAGAGAGAUUAUUAUAUAGAUGCUAGCUUUCCAAUUAAGACUUAUAUUUGGGAUAAUUUGAGUACAUUCUUAUGGUUAAUUGUUGAAUCUGAUUACGAAAAGACCAGAAACAUGCUGGGAGGCAGUUUUUUGGAAUGUUCUUCAGUAUAUUGUACUUGUCGGAACUUUCAUCAAUGUUUUGAACAUUGGAUGUGCUUAAAAAGGGGAGCUCUUGGGUGAUUCUCCCCUUUUGCUGACCAGAUGAGCUAUUGUUUUGGUUAUAUAAUUCAGCUUCUUGUAAUCAAUUGAUUAAUUCCAAAAUUAAGAAUUUCCAUCAAAUGUAAUUAACUAGAAUUUAGUUUGCAGAAA